GAAGGGGCAGGGGUGCUGGUGAUUUAGGGAAGGAUCUCGAUUUUGGGGUGAUGUUGCAGGAAACGAAGAGCCUGUGUCAGCCAGGGGAGGGAGAGUACAUCGUCCCAAACUUUAUUAGCUGCCUACUCUUCAUCUGGGAAGCACAGGUACAGGCCGAGGCAUGAUCCGAAUCCACAUCUUGGAGGGAAAGGCUUUUGUGUGGAAUGCUGCUGAUGCGCGGAGAUUGCGGGAGGAGCAUCGUAUUGUCGGCACACUGGUUGGAGCGUUAGCUCGGAAGCCGCGGCAGAAUGUGCGGCUGGGGCUGCCCCUGCAGCUGCUCCCGGAAGAGGUCCGGUUACUCGCAGAAAAGGGGUUGGCAGCCUUGUUCAAAAACGCAGCAUCCCAACCCCUUCGAGAUGAUAAAAGCCAGGAUCCUUCAGCCCUUGAGGAGGCGGCCGCCUACCAAAACGAGCAAGAGGAGAGCUAUCAGGAGCAGGUUCGGCUGGCGGCUGAAGAGAGGAAAGCUGUGCUGGGUACUCUUGCGGAACGUAUAGCCCAGGGCCGAGCAAAGAAACGGCGGCAGGAAGAGGGAGAUCCUCCUGCAGAACCGGAAUCCACCUUUGUGCUUCCUCGACAAUCUAUGAUGGUCCAGCUCCCAACAGAACGAGUACAUCCAGGCCCAGAAGAAGAGGUGGACUGGCAUGUCCAAUCCCAAGACUGGCCUUAUGCUGGACAGGAGGACCACGAGCUACGUUACCGCAUUUUCCAGAAUCUUUGGGAACGGGGCUACUACGUCACCAGUGGGAGCAAAUUUGGGGGUGACUUCCUUGUUUAUCCAGGUGACCCCAUGCGUUUCCAUGCCCAUUACAUUGCCCUGUGUGUCUCUAAAGACACCCCUCUCUCCCUGUGUGAUGUCGUCAGCGCAGGACGCCUCGGCACCAACGUGAAGAAGACGGUGCUGCUGUGUUCGGUGGACCAGGAUGGGAGUGCAGUCUUUACGUCCUUGCAGUGGAGUGGGAUGCAGUGAGAACAGGAUGCCAGUGGUGAUUUAGGGUUGCCGUUCCAAC